CGAUGUUGUCACGUGACCACACUCCGAGGUUCAAGAUGGAGACCGAGCAUUUUGGAGGUUUCGCUAUUAGCUAGCUAGAUGCGUACAGUAACGACAUUAUGUCUGUGUGACGGACUACAAGACAUCUGAAAUACUUUUAAUAACAACCCAGAGAUGUGUAUUUGCCAUCUAUUGACAAACAUGAAACGAGACUGUUCGUAAUCACUGCCCCAGUAAAGAAAACUGCAUAUAAAGCAAGCAGAAGAGAAACUCUCCAUGAUCUUCAUCUCAAACUUGUUCUGAAAGGGGAGACUGAUAUGGCGUUGAGAGAGUUAAAAGUUUGUCUCCUUGGGGACACUGGAGUUGGAAAAACUAGUAUUGUUUGGAGAUUUGUGGAGGAUAGCUUUGACCCAAACAUCAAUCCAACCAUUGGGGCAUCCUUCAUGACCAAGACAGUGCAAUACCAAAACGAGCUGCACAAGUUCCUGAUCUGGGACACAGCAGGACAAGAACGGUUUCGUGCUCUGGCCCCAAUGUACUACAGAGGAUCAGCGGCGGCCAUCAUUGUUUAUGACAUCACAAAAGAGGACUCCUUCCAAACACUGAAGAACUGGGUCAAAGAGCUUCGCCAGCACGGACCUCCCAAUAUAGUGGUCGCCAUUGCAGGCAACAAAUGUGACCUGUCAGACUCCAGGGAAGUGUCAGAAAAGGAUGCCAAGGACUACGCUGAGUCCAUCCAUGCCAUCUUUGUGGAAACCAGUGCCAAGAAUGCCAUAAACAUCAACGAGGUCUUCACAGAGAUAAGCAAGCGCAUACCCGUCGUUGAUGCAGCAGGAGGGACCUCGGCGAAAAGUAUUAAACUAGGACGACAGGUUUCAGAGUCUCGCAGGACAUGCUGCUGAUGAUGGUAACUGUCCCAAGAAGACCCGACCCUUUGCUCACUCCCAGACAGUGCUUCGGCGCUCCACACCGUCUCCAACCUCCCGUAAUAACCAGCAGCUGGGCGCAGUGCGACUCCUGACAGCUGCAGAAAACACUUUGUUUUUAAUGACUCUCAGCAGCGAUGGGUCAUCAUUCAUCACCUCAGACGUGGUGGCAGGAGAAGCAUAUUUGCUCAACAGUGUGUACUUGCUUAUCGAAAGGAACCUUCUUGUGCAAUUGUAUCAUAGCCAAAGUAUGAUUAGAACUUUUGAUGUUUGUAAUACACGAAUUCAAAGGUCAUUUGUACAUUUGUACAAACCUGCUAUUUUUGAACAGAAAAGAGCAAAGUAGUUGUUUUGAUAGCUCUUAAGUUAUUGCAUUUUACUUUGAUGGGUAAGUAUUGCUUAAGGCAUUAAUGACUUCAAAAUCAAUUUAUAUUUAGUAUCAAUGCAUGUACUUUUUUUUUUUUUUUUUACAAGAAACUUAAAAAAGCAAAAACUCGUGUUAUCAGCCAGACUCUUGACUGAUUGUCUUGAGCGCCUUAUUUGAAUUGGGUGGUGUGAGUUUUGACCAGCUUAAGGUUUCAGUGCCGUGUAAACGUCAGUAAAAGAUGGAGAAAUGAAAGGUAUGUGGGAGCUUACUUCCUAUGCAUGCUGGGAAUAGCUUAACAUUUAGUGGAACUUACUUCUGCCAUGUUUGUUCAGUGAGAUGUAGCUGAAGCAGUGAGAUAAACACAACUUAAAAAAAAAAAAAUACUGUCUGGUUUAUCGUUGGUGUUUAAUGUAAUUCCGUCUCUCUUCAUCAGGUUGUGCUAGAAAAGUGAACAAAGCAUGUCCCUCAAAUAUCCUUUAUUUGUGAGCUUUAUUGUUGGACUUUUGGCUUUAAAGUGCCCCCUUUUCUUACAAAAAAUAGCUAAAAAUUGUAAAACUAAAACCAGAAUUGUAAACAGCCAGCAACCCCUUUUUUUCAGUAGCACCACUAGGGCCGAUAGAGCAACUCCUAUGUUCCAUACAUGGUUUAUAGAGAAUUGUGUCACUGGUGAUCUGCCUUCUUUUUAGUCUUUUGCUGCUAAUUGAGCGUUAUAUGAGGAGUUGUGUGAUGUUUUGCCUUUUUUCUUUAUUGUCCCGUAAAUAUUUUCCAUCUUCUCUCCAUUCUAAUCAGUACCAGCUUUCAUACCUGGUGAUGUCAUGAAAACUUUCAGAUCAUAACAUUCUUUUUUUUUUUUUACUCAAAUAUCCAUUAGCAGACGUUUUAACGCACAGAGCCAGCCUUUGCUGAAUUCAUUUAACCUCUUUUUUUCCAGAGUCAGCCUGGAUUUUUUCUCUCCCUGCUUUCAUGUUUUAUGCGUCUACGGUCUGACCUUGAGGUCCUUAAAGCCUGAUUCUAAUUGUGUGUUGAGGAUUGUGUAUUUACAUCCCUGGAGAUGGUUUUCAGGAUGCUGUUCCGAAUUGGCCUAAUUUUGAAUAACCAGCACGAUGAAGUGUGAUUCAAAGCUUUUUAUAUCCAUUUUCAAAUUACUUUUUUUUUACAAACAAGACAAAAAUAUUGUUGUGAAAGCAAUUUUUCCUUAAAUUGAAGUGGAUUUCAUUUGUUAUAUCAGAGGAUUUUUCAAUGUUGAUUGCACUUAAUGCAGAUUUAAUAACUCUUCUUUUCAGCUGUAGUUGAUUAUAUCGAUUAAGAAUAAGACGUAUGUCUUGUUCUUUGAUUAUCUUCCCAUUUAAGAAAGUAAACUUUCUCCCUCCUGUCUCUGGAAUUUUAGUCAUCACUACAUUCUACUGCCAGCUCGAGUCGGCCUUUAUCACACUGACAUUUGAUAUAAAAGGGAUAAUGUCUUCAUACUUUGUUCUGAAGAAACCUUGACCCAUAUUAUUCGCAUUGCUGCCUAGUUAUGCUUUGAAAAUUACACAAUGGACAGGUCUUAUCUAAUGUCUUGGCAUUUUAAGUUUCUAUAUGUUGUGCCAGGUAUUCGCUCAAUUUAUUUUUUUAUUUUUUUUAUGAAAGCUGUCAUGCCAAAGCUGUUUAACCACCCAUUAAUAAAACAUUUUUAAAGCUUGAUCAUACUGAAAUGCUAUUUGCAUGAAAAUGUGACUUAAAAUAUGUUUGGAAAUUGAAGACAAUAUCAAUAAUGUUUCUUUUUUUUUUAAUUUUGCGUUGAAAACUAUCUGUCUUGGGCUGGCCCUGGGAAUGAGAUUCAUCUAUAUUAUGUAUCUUUUACUGUGGACUUGUCACCAGUCACACACAAAGCAUUGACGUGCUCCUAUUUACUUGUUUGUGUGAGCGCACUAUAUCUGUUCAUCAUUUGUUUUAAAACAAUUAGCAUUGCAUUAUUUGUAGCAUUUUACUGUUACACAACUUUUGUGACAAAAUGCCUGAGAACUAUUGUUCAGUAAUCCAAAUGUGUAAAAAGGGAAUUGUUGGUUGGUUACUAAUAAAACUGACAAAUAUGCUGAA